CUGACUGCACACAGCAGAGCGUGGCUUCGCUUGCCUCACUGCUUCGCUGCCCUGUGCUCACAGACUCUGACACACACAGACACACUCUCGCUACCUCUCUCUGUCACAAACACCUCCCAUACUCACUCCCUCUCUUUCUCACUCACUCUCUUUCUCUCUCAGUAUCACAUACACACAACACACGCACACACACACACACACACUAGAAGUAGUCAACUCUUUCUCUGCCACGGGUCAGCAACUCAGACAGGCAACUUGUUCCUACCCAGCUGGAAACAGCAGAGCAUCGCAAGGUGCACGCACACAUGCUUAAACUUGCACAGAAACACACUUAUACAUUUACACUCACUCAUUCAAACACACGAAUGUGAAUCCUCAUAGAGCCCAGGACUUUAAUUAUGGACCAGUGAAGAAGACUUCAGUCAAAGGAAGAGACGACAAACAAGCAAGGAGCAGCAUCAAGGAGGAACUUCAAAAAAGUGGAUUGUUAAAUUGCAACGCUUUGUUAAAGGAGGAGAGAAAAAGAAUAAACAAACACAACUGAAGAUGACAACUGGAGGAACUCUGGCAAAACCGAUUCUGUAGGAAGGAAGGCCCGCUUUCAGCCCAAAGUGGAGAUCGGGUGUGACAUCCAGAGGAUUUGCUGUAAGUGCCGCUUCCCUUCCUUCUCUCCCUCCACAGGGACUUCUCCUGAUCAUCAGCAUGCCUACAGCUUGCACAAGGUGCACCUUGGGAGUCUGACCCACCAUGUGCAGAUGGACGGCGUCCGCAGUUCAUUUCUGUCCUGAAGCUGCCCUCAGCACCACCACUACUGCAGCCUCUGCUGGUCCACAUUUCCCCCUGCCUAGUGCAGCCUCCCUCUGCCUGGCAUGCUUCACCGUGCUCUUGGUCACCGCUGGUACCGUCACGGGGGCCUGUCCUCCUCGAGUAGGGCAUGAACCCCUUCAGGUGCUCGCAAGCGGAAUCAACUGUUCAUGGACACUGGAAAGGCACACGCGCAGUUAUAAUCACUUAGAGGGUGACGUCCGACUUCGGCGACUUUACUCUGCCAACAAGUUCUUCCUCUGCAUUGACAAAACCGGCAAGGUGGACGGCACUCGACGUAAAAACUACGCUGACAGCCUGAUGGAAAUCCGAUCUGUCAGUGUGGGAGUUGUUGCCAUCAAAUCUGUCAGCACCGGGCUGUACUUAGCUAUGUCCAAGAAAGGCACGCUCUUUGGAUCGGUGAAGUACAACCCGAGCUGCAAGUUUAAAGAGCGCAUUGAGGAGAACGGCUACAAUACAUAUGCUUCGCUUCGCUGGAAACACAGCGGCAGGCAAAUGUUUGUUUCGCUGAAUGGGCGUGGUAAACCGAGGCGAGGUCACAAGGCUAGACGAAGACACCCAUCUACUCAUUUCCUGCCUAUGCUCCCCUCGUAGCGGUCCAAGUCUGAACUCUGACCAACAACUGGAUGGCUCACCUCCUUCCGAGGACUAGUGUUGAUGUGGCUGUGACACAAUGUGUAUUUUUAUUACUCCAUCCUCCUGUCACAUAAAUGUACAUUUGCUGAGGUCUGUAACAUUUGUAGAGGUAGUAUAAUAUCUACUCUUAAGUUAUUUUCUGCAUUUUCUAAUGAUGUUCAGUAAUACAGCAAAAUACAGUAGAACUACGCUACAUUCAGACAUCUAUCUUGCCACCAAACCACCUGUGUUUGUAGCGCACAUGUUUGAGGUGAGAGGACAGAAGGGGAGAUAGUGAGACAGGGGCUUUCAAAUGAUAAAAUUUGGAUUUGUGAAGAAAACACAUCACUAUUAAAAGAGACCCUUAUAAGUCAGUGGGCAGGAUCAAAUUCUACUAUUAAAAACAUCUGCGUAGUAGCUCAGUUCCAGCAGCUUGGCUUCAUUUUGCUGCAUAUUUAGCCUCACAAAAAAGCACAUGUGAAUUUAUCAGUACAUUGCAUCAUGUGCAGGUCAACCUGAAAAACAUUUUUUUAAUGUAUUCGCACUGCAUCCAGCUCUGUUUUCAAUGCAGUGUGUGAAAUAAUAUUCUGUAAGGCUAAGAAUGACUACAUUUAUGCAACAAACCCUGACAAGGAUUAUUGGAAGAGAACUGACGGAUGGAUAUGCAAUAGAACAAUUAUAGAAAUGUUUGGUUUUUU